AUGGCUUCCUCCGCCACCGAGGGCGGGGAGGACCCCCACGACCGAGCGGCGGUGCUACAGGAAUCCGUCGGUGGAAAGCGGCGGAGGGCUCCGUGUUCCCCUCCUCCCCCGGCGCCACCUGGCGCCGGGUGCGAAGAGUCGUCGCGGCGGGUGUUCCAGAAGCUGUGGACUGACGCGGACGAGAUCGCGGUGCUGCAGGGGUUCUGGGAGUUCACGUCGCGGCGGGGGACGGCGCGCGCGGACUACCAGCACGACACGGGGCCCUUCUACGACGAGAUCCGCGGCCGCCUCGGCUUCGACUUCAGCCGGAGCCAGCUCGUGGAGAAGCUCCGCCGCCUCAAGAAGAAGUACCGCAACACGGCGGGCCGGAUGGCCGCCGAUCGGGGCUUCGUCUUCCGCAGCCCCCACGAGAGGGCCGCCUUCGAGAUCGCACGCAAAAUCUGGAACCCUGUCUUCGCGCGCGGCCCCGACGGUCAAAGCUGCGAUCCUGACGGGGUCGAGGCCUCCAAAGAUGGCGGCUGGGACUCGGACCACGAUUCCGGUCCGAGGCCUCGUAGGCGCCUCAAGAAGGGUAAGGAAACGGAAGCGGUGGCAACGCCGUCGGAGAUGAUCACCGCCGCGGCGAAUCGUCCCGACCCCGUGGUGGCGCCUCCAUCCAUGCCGAACUCCGAAAUGGCGGAGCAGAGCAUGAGGAGCUGCUUCUCGCCACUGUUCGACGAGAUACUCCGUUGCACAGGGAUCGGCCAUGGAGUGACAGCACUGAGCUCAAGGACACCAGCGGCCGCGGUGGGCGAGAGAUGGAAGCAGCAGCAGAUUCUAGAGCUGGAGGUGUACCUGAAGAGGCUGGAGCUUAUCCAUGACCACAUCAAGUCGAAGCUGGAGGAGCUCAACUACGAGGCAGACGCAGAAGCAAAGCAGCCGCGGACGAAGGUUCGCCGGAGCGACGACGACCUCGGUGGCUCUUGGAUUGCGGAGCCUGACAUAGACAGGAAAGCGGAAGAGUUCAUCGUCAGGGUCCACCGCCGGAUGAACCCGGAGCUGCACCUGGUCGCGGUGUAA